UCUCUCCUUGCAUUCACCUCCACACACAUCAAACCGGCCUUAAUUUGAAGCUAGCUAUUAACCAUGAAGAUUCCUUUAGUGCUUUCCUUCCUUUUUCUUGCCUUGAUUGCCUCAAAACCCUUGUUGGGGGCUGGGGAUCCUAAGCCUUUGCUCGACAUCAAUGGUGAGAAGGUCCUUACUGGAACUCCUUACUACAUUGUAUCGGCAAUCAGAGGAGCUGGUGGUGGCGGCGUGAGCGUUUUCCCUACCAGAGAUCGCUGCCCGCGUAAUGUUAUCCAACUACCAUCCGAUUUAGAUAAGGGCUUACCAUUAUUAUUUUCACCAGCCACUGAAAAUGGAGAUGGAAUUGUUUAUGAAUCCUCUGAUCUGAAUAUCAGAUUCUAUUCUCAAGACGCUUUGUGCUUGCAGAUAGUGUGGAGGGUUAAUGACUAUGACUCAUCAACUGGUGAGUGGUUUAUAACCCGAAGUGGAGUUGCAGGAAACCCUGGAGCUGAAACGUUGCUAAAUUGGUUUAAAUUUGAGAGGUUUGGAAAUACACAUUCAUACAAAAUUGUUCACUGUCCAAAAGUGUGCGACACUUGUGCAACAUUGUGCGGCGACGUUGGCGUUCAUUUGUUGAGUGGAACAAGACGUUUGGUUCUCAAAGCUGAUCCAGGAAAUUUCUUGAUUAAUUUCAUCAAGGCUGAGGAGUACAAUUUUCUUCAUGCAGAUAGAAAUAUCAUUCGCAUGGUGAAUUAAAUAAGAUGAUGGAUUCUCG